UCGAGAUACAUCCCUAGCGUCCAAUUCUUUCAUCGGCGCCCGCUAAACAGCACUCAACUCCCAGUCCUGCGAGAAUCAAACGGAAAUAUACAAUUGUACAUUUAACUUCUUCAACUAUUCGCAGAGCACACGAGGCCAAGGGUCUAUUCGUGUUCCUUCGCUGCGAAAUAAAAGAUGAAUCCUCCUAUUGUUUUAUGCGAAAUCGCAGAUGAAAUUCCCAUAGAAUCUGUGAGCGAGCCUUCGCAAUUCACUUAUGCCAUAAAGGGCUGGGAACUAAUGCACUUCUUUGGGCCGGAGCAUGCAAAGAUACUCUUAGAAUGCAUAAAAAAGUGCGAAGUCGAGCGUCCCCGAAAGUUGGUCUUCAAAGCCAUAAAAAAAGAUGCCAAAUGGAUCUUGGUGCUUUUGCAGCAGGCGACUCGUUCCCAGCCCCGUCCGCUUGACAUGGAAAUGGCUGCCAUACUAUUGCCAAUUGUGUUCAAAAAUUUCUGCCUGGAGACCAGCUUGGAUUUUGCAGUGGCCGAGCAGGAGAAGCUGUAUCAGCGACCACUCAAAACGUAUGUGUCCACGAAGCUAUACGAUGCUCUCUACGACAGACACCAGAAGGCGCGAGAGGGCAAGGACAAGCCUUUGGAACUUCCCGACUGCUUCCAGUCGACGUUGCGCAAAUACCAAGAGCGCAGCGUUUGCUGGAUGCUUAGUCGCGAGCAAGAGUCAAAUGAAUUUACUGGGAACUACUCCGUUCUGCACGCGGUGGAUGGACAUACACGCGUGCUCAAGCAUGACUACUGUCUGCAGUUCUAUCCGUUUCAGGAGAAACUGCCAAAGAUAAUUUUGCCCCCGGGUGGCAUCCUAGCAGAUGAAAUGGGUUUGGGCAAGACGGUGGAGUUCCUUGCCAUGCUGCUGCUCAAUCCCAGAGUUAAGGGCACAUUCAACAACAAAUAUUGGCUAGAACUUUUAGAGAGUGUCGACGAUUACGUGCCCCUAAAGAAGCCGCGGCUGCAGGAAGAACUGUUUUGCAUUUGCACCAAAAAAAAGGGCAUCCAGAUUAAGUGCAGAAGGUGCAAACUGUGGCAGCACGAGGAGUGUAUGAAUAGCAGUGACGAGCGGGAUGCGAAUGAUCCCCCAUAUGUGUGUCCCAGCUGCUGGUCGGAACUGGGAAACAUGGAAGACACGCAAUUGGUAGAGUCCGGAGCCACUAUCAUAGUCUCGCCCAAUGCCAUUAAGAUGCAGUGGUUCAACGAGAUGCAAAAGCACAUCUCGCCUGCCCUGAAGGUCCUACUGUACCCCGGCCUGCACUCUGGCUCGUGGUAUAGUCCCUUGGAGCUGGCCAAGUACGAUGUUGUGCUCACAGAUUUUCUUAUCCUUCGCAAUGAGAUUCAUCACACCGCAGACCACAAGUCCGAUCGCCAAAUGCGCCACCAGCAGCGCUAUAUGCGUCCCAGCUGUCCGCUUCUCAUGGUUAACUGGUGGCGUGUCUGCCUGGACGAGGCUCAGAUGGUGGAGAGCACCACCUCGAAUGCGGCGGAAAUGGUGCGGAUGCUGCCGGCUGUAAAUCGUUGGGCCGUCACUGGAACUAUUGACGAUCUGCCGCCACUCUUGCAGUUCGUUGGCUUCAACGAGGCCUGCCAGCCGCCCGCUGCCUGGCAGACUGUCGAUAAGUCCUUUCAGCUGAACCACAACCCAAAGCCAUUGCUGGAUCUGCUAGAGCACAGCUUGUGGCGCACCUGCAUGUCGAAGGUGAAGCACGAGCUUGGGAUUCCACCGCAAACGGAAGUGGUGCAUCGUCUGGAGCUUAGCAAUGUGGAAUCUCUGUACUAUCGCGAGGAGCACAAUAAGUGCCACGAACAGUUCCUCCAGGAAGUGGCAAAGAAUACGCAUCAUAACGAGGACAACAGCUCCCGUCUGGCGGCCAUUUCUCCGCAGCUGCUGCGGAUCAUCCUAAAACCAUUUCUGCGCAUACGCAAGACCUGUUCCGUGCCCGUCGUGAACAACAACAGUUUGCACACGUUAUCUUUUCUGGAUCCACAGGACCUCCUAAAUCAUCUGAUAUCCAACAACGAAAACGAAUGCAAGAAGCAGCUUCGCAGUUGGGCCUCGGCGUACAAUGGAUCGGCAGCCAUAUACUUUAUACGCAAACAUUACCACCAGGCCAUCAGGCAGUACAAGCUCUUGCUGAAGCUAGCAGCGGACUACAACAAAGACAACAUAUCCGUGGACAGUGUGCUCCAGAUUCAUGCUCUCUAUAACAUUCUGCAAGCGAGCGCUCUGGCUGCCCCUCAAGACAGGAUAUCCGAAAUCGAGGAGACCACCUAUAAAUCACAGAUGCAGAAGUUUGGGUGGAAGUACCUGGAGGAAACCUCCAAAGUUCUCCAAUCGGCUCUCAGUGCCUACCAGUUGAAGAUAUCUGAAAUGCACACGCUGGAGGAUCAGUUCCGUGGCAGCAUUGUCCAAUUUCUGGCCACAGUGGUCAACCUCAAGCAUUCCCUCCAUGAUGUCAUGUUAAGCAAGGUGCAGUAUGUCGUUGUUGAUAAAUUGGAGCACGUCCACUCCAUAGCGGGCAUAAUUUAUGUAAUUGAAAUGUGGCACCAACGUCUCGAGGAUCUGAAGAUCAACUUAUUUUCUGAAUUCGAGUAUCUGCAAGAUAUCAUUGGUCGGGCUGUUGGGGCAGUCAAGGCGGGAGAGGCCCUAACAGCGGAAAUCACUAGUUUUAUAACCAAUGUUUCCGAUUGUCAUCUGGCUGAGAUUUUGCAGAAUGAAGGCAAAAAGAAACCAAAAAAGCCGCGCACUUGUCGUCUGUGCAAGAUUCGUGAGACCUUGCAUAAAUUCGAAUGUCUUGUGUUUGACAAAGAAAACGACAUGACCGAAGGCCUGGAGAAGCCCAGCAUGGAGAUCAGUGUUCUGAAAAUAAUCUUUACAUUCGUGCGAUCAAAAUCAGAAUUCAGUGACUACCUUGGCGAAUGUAAAAUCAAAUUGGAUUUGCUCUCCUGUCUCCAGGGACUGGCCAAAUCCAUGGCAAAGUACUGGAUCGAGGUGGAGUAUAUGGUGAAGUCAUUCGAUGAGCUGGAAAUGUGCAAGAUGCGCAUUCUGCUGACCGAUGAUCCCAAAGAGCAGUCGAAUUUCCGCAUCCUGAGGGGCCAGGUCGAUGAGCAAUUGCGGACGAAUCUGAUCAAACUGGAAAUCGCACAGCGUAACUUCACGCGGCUGAAUGGACGCCUCAAGUAUUUGAAGCACUUGAAGGAGGACAACAGUGCCAGGAACUGUCCGAUUUGCCAGACCGAUGAGGAUUCGAGAUAUGUUAUGAUGGUUUGCGGCCACUUUAUUUGUCAGGACUGUCUCGACGAAAUGAAGAGGAAAAAAAACCUUGAGUGCAGCACCAAGUGUCCCAUAUGUCGCCAGGAUUCGCCGGAGUUAUAUCAUUCCGUUCGUCCUGGGGUGGCGAAAACGAUGGUUGGGAGCUUUUCCACGAAAAUCACCUGCAUAGUGCAACUGAUUCUCAAGAUUACUGCUGACGAUAAUCAGGCUAAGAUCCUCAUCUUUUCGCAAUGGCAGGCAAUACUAGAGCAAAUUUCAAUUGCACUGAGGUUGAAUAGGAUUGUGUUUCGCAAAUGCAGUAACAUGGAUCUGGAUGAGUUUAAGAGCACAGAAAUGAAUGUUACCUGCCUGUUGAUGGCCUUGUCACGUGGCUCCAAGGGUCUGAAUCUGAUCGAGGCCACACAUGUGUUUCUGGUGGAGCCAAUCCUCAAUCCUGGCGAUGAACGCCAGGCCAUUGGUCGUAUUCAUCGCUUCGGCCAGACAAAAGCGACGACAGUUCAUCGGUUUAUAGUGAAUGGCACCAUUGAAGAGAAUAUUCUGUCGCUAAUUUCAUCAGCCGAUGAUAGUAAAACCCUCGGUACGCACUGGGAUCUAGAGAACUUGACGUUGGACAGCUUAAAGAAGCUUUUCAUUCUCAAGGAGUAGACUAAACGA